CGCAGGCGCACACGACCAACGUCGAUUCGCAUUCCUACCUAAGUUACUCGCUCUCUACAUACGUAAUCUUUUCCUCUCUCUCUCGACUCUCGACGCAGUAUAGCGUUAUCAUUGUUAUCGUUGUACGAGCAAGUACACGCGCUCUCUCUCUCUCUCUCUCUCUCGAGUCGAGCGGUAGCGAGCUCUUCCGAAACUCAAAAAAAGCUCUAGGCGCAGUGCGUGCGUGAACCACAGAGCUUCUUGGACACGUAUUAUAACGCAUUAUAUUAUAGUAUAAUAAAAGUCCCAGUGCAGCAGAAGCAGUAUCAGAGCAGUAGCAGAACCAGUGCUGUGUGCAGUGCAAGCAGCGCGCGCGAAACGUUAUAUCGCUCGAGCGACCUAUAACGCCUCCUCCUCGCAGCAGUAGUGAGCGCUCACUCACACACACCAACCCACACGUAGUCCAUGAACUCUCGGUGAGCUCGAGUCGUUGUCCCCCUUUUACCCAAUUUCUUUGCCUUUUUUCGCGAACAUAUAUCCGCGAGCUUUUUUCUCCCUCUCUCUCUUUUUCUCUUUGUGUGCGAGUGAAAGCUCGCAUUUUUCUCUUUCUAUUUUUCUCUUACUCAUUGCACUGUACUCCUGUGCCGUGUAUGAUCUUUUUCUCGAGUUGCGCGUUUAACGAGUUAAAAAAUAAUUAUGUACGCGCGCUAAUGCGUCCGCUACACACUGUGCUCUCUGCUGCAAGCUCAAUCUCUUAACGACGACGUCGACGACUUGCGAGCGAGAGUGAGCGAAAUUGGGUUAAGUGCCUGCAUAUAUACAGUUUGAAGCUGUCUUUGAUUCCUCUGUACCGCGAGGCAGGAUUAUAAACAAAGCUCGCCAAAGUUCAAAAGUCGGACAACAAAAGUAUCGGCGAAAGUGACACCAGGGGUGUAUAAAAAGCUCAAUAAUAAAUGUUAAACAAAGUGUGCCCGUCGUAGCAGUGCGUGCGUCCAUUUAUAUACGCGCUUCCACCAGUGUUGCAGUGUGUAUACGUGCAUAUCAUCACGAUCGUUUCGUUCGUUGUGCACGGCUAACCCAAAACAAAAAGAAGAAAAGCUCGAAAAGUAAAAAUAAAAAAGUAAAAGGCCUGCGUCGUGUGCACACGUGUCUGUCGUCUUGCUCUUGGGGGUGGUGGGAGAAUAGCCACCAUCGAUGUACGCGCUACGUAUGUAAACUCGCGCGAUGCUCGCGAGUGUCAGCGAUGCAAGUAGCACGACGAUCAUCGACCAAGGCGCCCUACGACAAACGGACGACGACAUGCUGUUGUUGUUGUUGAACGCUGCGACGACGACGACGACGACGUGCAGCAGCUGCGUCACGAAGACGAGAAGUCAAAAUUAUUGUUAUCGUUGUCAGCAGGAGCAGGAGUAUAAUUUGGAGCGCGAGCCCGCGCAGUCGAUCGCCAGCACGCUCGGCUCACCGAUCACGAGCAGCGAAGUAAGUUCCGAGCAUUGGCAAGAGACCGUAUUCCCAAGGCGUCAGCAUUAGAAGCCAACAUCGAGCUUUGGGGAAUCGAUCGUCACGUAUAAUAAAAUACGUGAGCGCGCGCGAUAUAUGUGUAUAAUAUAUAGCACGAGCGCGUUAAGCUCAGUUUAGCGGGCGCGAGAAAGACGCUCUCUCAACCCCAGCAGCCAGCCAGCCUGCCUGCCCGCCUGCCAACUUUGUGCCGAGAAGUCUCGAGCUUGCGAAGAGAGACGGAAAAGUCUCUCCGGUGGGUGUGUGUGUAUCGAAAAAUUGCUCUCACUCUUCCCAUCGAUCUCUUUCUCUCUCUCUCUUUGCGUGAAGGAGCCGCGUGAGCUUUAACACACUCACAUACACACAUACGCGGGGCCCUCCCUCCACCUCUUCAGCUCGGUGCGCUAUCGUUUUCCCAGCUUCCGUACAUAAUAUACAAGCGCCAGUAUAUAGACAGAAGCAUCAGAAGCAGCUGCGAGAGCGAGAGGCAACAACACACGGAUCGCGCAGGUUGACCUACACAGGCAGUGGCAGCAGCAGCAGCGGGCUCGACUCUGCUCUCUGUGUACGUGAGUGCGUGUAUGUAUUCGUGUGUGCUGCGAUGUGAUGCACGAGAUUUUGCACGUAAUACAUAGAGCAGCAGCAGCCGGUCGUUAACAUGAGCACCGCUGGCCUACUUAGCUUACUCGUCAGCUGACACACUCUCGCUCUCACUCCUACUCUCUGGCUCUGCUCUUGCGCGCAGCUUUGCUAUAUUCUCGGUGUGUGUGAUAUAUAUACGUUUAUAUAGCACACAACUUUGGUGAAAUAUAUAUAUAUAUAUAUAUAGAGAGGAGUCGCAACGGAGAGGGACGGAGAGCUGCAGAGUCGCCACCAGCACACAGCCUGUUGACGUCGCGCGCGGCUCUUGUGUAUGACACCUAUUCUCUCUCUCUUCUCUCCCACUCAUCGAAACACACACAAACACACAGAGACUCACACGUGCGCGAAUAAACAAACGUGUAUCAUUGUUGGUGUAUUAUCGCGUGUAUACAUAUAACAUAUAGUAACAAGUGUCUUUGUGCGCGAGUGAUAGAUAUCAUUAAAAAAAAAAGCCGUAAGAAACAUAGAUAACAGAAACAAUAUAACAGAAACGAAUCAUGUACUGUUUUCAAAAUCCGUUUUCGCGCGCUACGCGAAGCGUCGUCGGUAGUCCCCUAAAUCCAAAGCUCGGCUCGAAGUCGAAACAGCAGCAACAGCAGCAGCAGCAACAGCCAAACGGCCAACAGACGCAGAACGGACAGCAGCAACGUCGCGGCAGCGAGGCAACGAGCGAAGACUCGGGCUCCUCGUCGAUACGUUACAUCGAUCAGCUGUCCGAGGCCAGCAGCACCGACACAUUGCCGGGCAUCCGGGCGGGGGACUUUCUCGACGCCGAGUCGAUCCUGUCGCCGGGUGGGCCCGAGUCAUCGCUGGCCUCGCCCACCAUCGUGUUCACGAGCGACGAGACCAACAAUCGGACCAAUAGCCAGGACGAGGACACCCUCGUCGGGAGUCCCUGCAGCAGCGUGCACGGCGGCAGCACGGGACACGUGGAGAAGCUCGGCAGCAGCGUCGGCGACUUGAACUCGGGUCCAAGCGGUACGGGCAAAUCCGACGGCCACUGGCGGCGCAAGCUCCUGCUGAGACUGCGCUCCACCGACUCGUCCAACAGCGAGGCCAACAGCUCGUCGCCCUCGCCCGCCAGCGAGUCCUCCUGUCUGCACUCGCGCCAGCACGCCGAGCACCAGCACCACCACUCCAGCAAUCAGCUGCUGGCCAAGAACAAGCUGUCGCCGCGACGCAGGCGCCUCCACGGCUCGGCCAGUCUGCUGAUCGGCCGGCGCAAACACGAGAAUGCCUUCAGCGACUACGACGACGACGACGAUGACGUAGUCACCUGCCCGAUCGACGACGCCGAGCCCGAGGAGGUCUCGUCGCUGCCCUCGAGUCCGGCCGCACCGGCCACGGUGGGCCUGGCUACGGCGACGAGCGUCCCAGUGCCCUAUUACGGUUUCCUGUCGGUUAACGGCGGAGCCAUGCGACAGGAGAGCACGAGCACGAGCUCGCCCCAGCUCGCCACGCGCUGCCACGACGACGAGGCCCAGAGCACCACGAGCCUGCCCGACGAGACGAGUUCGCUCAAGGAGGAGCACAGGGCCAGCAGCACCGAGACCGUGGCGCUCAAGUCGCUGCUCAAGCCCGACACCGGUCUCGAGGCGAGUGGCUGCCUGCCGGUGGCGCGCAGCUGUCCCAAUCUCGAGCGACAGAGCGCCGGAUUUUUCAGUGCAUCGGGUUCUUCGAGUCCGAUACCGAGCUCGGGGCCGAGAUUCAAACCCGUCGAGGAGGGUGACAUUCAGGUGUGUUAUCUGAAUCACGCCAGGACCCUCGUCAGCAAGAUCCUGUCGAGUCGAUUUCUGAGACGCUGGGAGACUCAUCAUCUUUAUCUCAACGACGCCUGCCUAUCGUCCAAAACCUUGACCGGGUUUCUUCAGCAACCAGUGAUGUACAGCAUGAUGAGCGAGGUCUACGCCGUGGCCAGAUGGGAUCCAGCCUACAAAUACUGCCUAAGAAUCGUCCUGCCAGACGGAUCGUUACUGCUCCAGGCGAGCAAUGCCUACACCAGAGACCAAUGGUACUACUCGAUACUGUGGAAGAAAAGUAUUUUUAAGUACCAAAAAGUCGUGCCGACCGCCACGAAGGAGGAAGUCGUCCUGCGCGAACUCAAGGCUCUCGUCGAUUUUGCCCUCUCGACGCCUUUGCAGGACGAGCGAGUGAUGAGCACGCCGCUCGAAGCCGUGGCGAAGCUCCUCGACGAGCCCAACAAUUACGAGCGCUCGUCCACAUCUGGCUCCGAUCAAGAGCCCCUGAUCAUCUCCGACCUGAUGGACGAGCCUAGUCCGGCCCAGCUCAGCGAGGAGAGCGAGGAGGCCGAUCGUCGCUGGUCCGAGGCGAUACUCAACGUGGCGGCGCCUCUGUUGGAGCGAGCCGCACCCCCACCCACGCUGGCCCGCGCUCUGGCCCGCCUGGCCCAGCGCCAUCCGCGCUCGUCCCUCGUGCCGGCCCUCGAGCCCGCCAUCACCCGCUGCCUCAAGCACACCGUGGACUUUGGCAAGUCGCCGGACAUGCGCAAGCUCCUGCAGGUGUUCAUCGCGGCUCUCUACGAGAACGAGGACGGCGAGCUCGCCAUUCGAGACUACGUGCAGGCGGUUCACGGGCCCGGCAGCGACUGUCCGCAUCCGCGAAUACUGCCCAAUCUCGUCUCCAUCUGCGUCGGAGCCAUCUUUCACAGAUUCGAGGUAUCAGCCCUCAAGCAAAGCGUCAAGAGUCCGAAGAAACAGCAACAGCAGCAGCAGGCCAAAGAAAAUCCAGAGCAGGAGAACGAGAAAGAACAAAAUGGAAAGGAGGAUGAGAAGGUGAAGAAGGAGGACGUCGAGAAGCAGAAGGAGGAGGAGGAGGAGGAGGAGGAAAAGAGAAAAAUGGAAAACAAAGAGGAAAGUAGCAGCAGCGAUAGCGGCAACGUCUCGCCUACGUCACUGCCACCCCUGAGAUGCUAUCUGCUCGUACUUAACAUUGCCUCCGAGUACGCCGACUGGCGACCCGGCCUGGGUGCCCUACUCCAGCCCGUGCCGUUCCCCGAGGACGCCCUCGCGGACAAGGAGGUCCAGGAGUCCGUGCUGUCGGUGGUGAUGCGCCGACUGGGCCGCGACCCACGUUGCAACGUGCAUCGAGUGCUGCUGCCUGUGCGCGAGCUCCGACCCGGCUGGCUUCACAUAGCCGCGCCCUCGAGUCCGGCUUGUCCCGACGAGGGACAGCUCUUCGGUGAAAUGCUGACGACUCUGCUAGACUGCUGCUGUCGUCGCAAGCGCUUCAUCAGUUCGCUGCUCAAGCAGACCGGCGGCGCCUGCAUACUCCUCGGGGUGAGGGGCUGCGACGCCGCCCAGGAGGCUCUCUGCCUCAUGCUCGAGUGGCGCCUGCUGCCCAACGAGGAGGCUCGUCUGCAGGUGGUCUCGGCCCUACAGUCCACCGAGUCCGGCAAGGCCCGAUACAACGCCCUCUGCCAGCGACAACGCAACCUCCAGGAGCUACAACAGAAGGGUGGCCCGCGCAAGCUCACCCUGCCAGUACGGGCGACCGACGCGGACGUGGCUCUGCUGCUCGGCGGCGGUGCCCUCGGCAAUCUCGAGUGUCUCUCCCUGGCCUUCACCUCGGUCACGUCGGCCUGCGCCGAGCAACUGAUCAAGCUGCCAGCCCUCAGGUACCUCAAUCUCUGGGCCACGCAGUUCGGCGACACCGGCCUGCAGAUGAUCAGUGAGCACCUGCAAAAGCUCCAGGUGCUGAACCUCUGCGAGACGCCCGUCUCCGACAAGGGCAUCUCCACUCUGGCUUCACUGACGAAUCUGCGCAAGCUCAAUCUCAACAGCACGAAGCUGUCGGCGUCGACCUUCGAGCAGCUGAAGAAGCGCCUGCCCGCUCUCCAGGAGUUCGACGUGCGCUACACGGAGGCUUGGUGACCCGAGUACACUCCCGAGACGGCCUCACAGGGCUGCUCUCGGGAGAACUCGCGACGCAUCAAAGCUGCUAAUAGCUUCAAGUCGUCGCUCAAGCGCGCCGCCUCCAAGAGCCUAUCUUCGUCUUAAAUUUAGAAUUUAUUAUAUAUGUAUAAUGAAAACGAUCUCGAGCGAGCCAAUGCAUUUCUUCUUCUUCUUCUUCU